ACCGAAAUAACCAGCGACGUUUUUGAAGAUCUUCAAAAUUUGGAAGAAUUGUAUUUAGGAAAUAAUGAAUUGACUAAAGUGCCAAUUGAGACAUUAGAAAAUUUGAAGGAGUUAAGAACUUUAGAUUUGUCUUCAAAUAUUAUUUUCAUUUUGAAAACAAAUGAAUUGAUGUUACCGAAAUUAAAGAACUUGGAUUUAAGUAAAAACAAUUUAACCGUCAUUGCCAGUGAAACUUUCAGCGGACUGAAAUCAUUAGAAAAUAUAAACUUAUCUAACAAUAAAAUUGUCAACAUUGAAUCAAAAGCAUUCGAUAUCAGUAACCUGAAAUCUUUGGACAUUUCGUACAAUCGACUUUCCAAUGUUCUUACUCUACCAGAAAGUAUACAAGUUGUAAAUCUUGAAUGGAACGCUUAUAUAUUUUGGCCUUUUGAAAAGCCCAUUGAAGAAUUGCGUUAUUUAAAUUUACGCCAAAAUAACAUACGAAAAGUGAACUUGGAUGAAUCUUACAAAAAACUAGAGACCUUAAUACUUUCCGGAAAUGUACUCAUUGAGUAUCCGCGAAUGAAACUAAAUGAGCUUUCAACAUUGGACUUAAGCAACAAUGAUUUUUCAAUAUUACCAGAACAACUCGACAUAAAUCUAAUGCCCAAUUUGAGACACCUUUCACUAAGUGGAAAUCCAAUUCGCAAAAUUAAAUUUGAAAAUAUCCUUUCCUUGGAAACGCUCGAGAUAAACGAUAUGUCAAGACUUACAGAAAUUUCGGGACUCGAAAACAUACAUGGCAGAAUAUUUGUCGAAUCAAAUAAACCUUGUGUUCAUCUGAGCAUUUCAAAUUGUGAAUUGCUGGUUAAAAUACAAAAUGAUGCUUUUGAAAAUAUAAAUUUAUGUAGUUUAAAUUUGAGUCAUAACGCUCUGAAAGAAGUGCCGCUCUCGGUGCCAAACGACAUAGAACUUGAUUUACAGGGAAACCCUUUGAUAUGCUCUUGCAGCCUACAAUGGUUUUUAGACGAUAUAUUACCAUUUUUGUAUAAACAUCACCAGCACGUUUUACCCGAAUUGCGAUGUGGUUCUACGCGUUUGGUUUAUUGGUACAAUUGGCCUGGCAAAGUAUUGUGUGAUAAAGACUCAAAGAAUUAUAUGAAAGCCGACCUGAAAGAUUUGAGCCUAGCAUCAAGCACAUACCAUCAAACAACUUUUCGAUCUGGGAGAGCUUUCUAUGCUAUAGCUGGAGGUUCAAUAACGUUACUUGUAAUUCUUGUUGUGAUAGGGAUGUAUCACACAAAGGUACAAACGAGAAGAUUAAAAGCCUUGAAAAGAAACCGAAGAUUACAGAAGAUGCACGAAUCACUGAAAAUUUACGGGGGGGGUUACGGAUAUCCAGAAGCUGGUGAUUGCGGAUCAAGUCAUACGCGAAUAUGGGCUAUGAAUAAACUAUGUAUUUUAAAUAAGGAGAAUUUAUUCCCCUACAACGAACAGAUAAAAUUUAUCAAUAUCACUUCAAGUGGUAUAAAAUCUGUGAAACCAGGAGCUUUUAAAAAUCUGCCCAACUUAGAAUAUUUAUCGUUAACUAACAAUAGCAUAAAAUACCUCGGAGGAAACAUAUUUCAAGGACUCAAAAAACUUAAAUCGUUAGACCUUUCCCAAAAUAAACUGACCGAAAUAACCAGCGACGUUUUUAAAGAUCUUCAAAAUUUGGAAGAAUUGUAUUUAGGAAAUAAUGAAUUGACUAAAGUGCCAAUUGAGACAUUAGAAAAUUUGAAGGAGUUAAGAACUUUAGAUUUGUCUUCAAAUAUUAUUUUCAUUUUGAAAACAAAUGAAUUGAUGAUACCGAAAUUAAAGAACUUGGAUUUAAGUAAAAACAAUUUAACCGUCAUUGCCAGUGAAACUUUCAGCGGACUGAAAUCAUUAGAAAAUAUAAACUUAUCUAACAAUAAAAUUGUCAACAUUGAAUCAAAAGCAUUCGAUAUCAGUAACCUGAAAUCUUUGGACAUUUCGUACAAUCGACUUUCCAAUGUUCUUACUCUACCAGAAAGUAUACAAGUUGUAAAUCUUGAAUGGAACGCUUAUAUAUUUUGGCCCUUUGAAAAGCCCAUUGAAGAAUUGCGUUAUUUAAAUUUACGCCAAAAUAACAUACGAAAAGUGAACUUGGAUGAAUCUUACAAAAAACUAGAGACCUUAAUACUUUCCGGAAAUGUACUCAUUGAGUAUCCGCGAAUGAAACUAAAUGAGCUUUCAACAUUGGACUUAAGCAACAAUGAUUUUUCAAUAUUACCAGAACAACUCGACAUAAAUCUAAUGCCCAAUUUGAGACACCUUUCACUAAGUGGAAAUCCAAUUCGCAAAAUUAAAUUUGAAAAUAUCCUUUCCUUGGAAACGCUCGAGAUAAACGAUAUGUCAAGACUUACAGAAAUUUCGGGACUCGAAAACAUACAUGGCAGAAUAUUUGUCGAAUCAAAUAAACCUUGUGUCCAUUUGAGCAUUUCAAAUUGUGAAUUGCUGGUUAAAAUACAAAAUGAUGCUUUUGAAAAUAUAAAUUUAUGUAGUUUAAAUUUGAGUCAUAACGCUCUGAAAGAAGUGCCGCUCUCGGUGCCAAACGACAUAGAACUUGAUUUACAGGGAAACCCUUUGACGUGCUCCUGCAGCCUACAAUGGUUUUUAGACGAUAUAUUACCAUUUUUGUAUAAACAUCACCAGCACGUUUUACCCGAAUUGCGAUGUGGUUCUAUGCGUUUGGUUUAUUGGUACAAUUGGCCUGGCAAAGUAUUGUGUGAUAAAGACUCAAAGAAUUAUAUGAAAGCCGACCUGAAAGAUUUGAGCCUAGCAUCAAGCACAUACCAUCAAACAACCUUUCGAUCUGGGAGAGCUUUCUAUGCUAUAGCUGGUGGUUCAUUAACGUUACUUGUAAUUCUUGUUGUGAUAGGGAUGUAUCACACAAAGGUACAAACGAGAAGAUUAAAAGCCUUGAAAAGAAACCGAAGAUUACAGAGUUGA